AUGAAGCAUACAUCUAUGUCCCUCCUCCGCGACACCACGCUCAGCCAGGCCAUCCGGGGGCUGGGAGGUCGCCAGUGGCUGCUGUUCCCCGACGAGGAGCCCACAUUUGAAUUCCAGCCGGCCAAGCGCCGUUCCAGCAGCUCUCUCGCCAGCAAAGACGUCUCGGCUGCUAAAGACAGCAAUUUCGCUGCCCUCGUCGAUUGGUACGGUCCAAACGACCCCGAGAAUCCGAGGAAUUGGUCCGCGCGACGAAAGAUCUGGGUCACCGCGCUGGUCACUCGUGUUGAUGCAGAUGGCAUGGGCCCCAUGCUCUUCUCGCCCCUGAGUGAGAUUGCCGUGAUUGGACGCAAUCCGCCCUACGUCGUCUCCUUCACCGUCUUCGUCGUCGUCUCCAUCAUUCUCGCCGUCGUCGACAGCUUCCCGGCCAUCCUCGUGCUGCGCUUUCUUCAGGGCUUCUUUGGCAGCCCCUGCCUGGCCAGCGGGGGCGCCUCCAUCCAGGAUAUCUUCUCCUGGUCCACGGCGCCCUAUGGCUUCGUCUUCUGGGUCGGCGGUUUCUACUGCGGUCCGGCCCUGGGGCCGCUUCUCGCCGGCUACGCCGUGUCGACGAACUGGCGCUGGCCCCUGUGGGAGAUGGUCAUCAUGUCGGCCCCGUUCCUGAUCGUGCUGCUGGCCUUUCUGCCCGAGACCUCGCACGAGACGCUGCUCCUGCGCCGGGCCCAGCGCCUGCGUCGUCGCACGGGCAAUCUGGCCCUCCGCGCCCUCAGCGAGACGAAGACGCUGGACUUUCACGCCAUCCUGGUGGAUGCCCUCGUGAAGCCGACGGAGAUCGCGAUCAAGGAUCCGGCCAUUGCGUUUGUGUGCGUGUACAGCUCCUUCGUCUACGCCAUCUACUACUCCUUCUUCGAGGCGUUUCCCAUCACGUACGGGGAGACGUACGCCAUGUCGUUACCGUCCACAGCCCCCGACUCAGGAAUCCCGCCUGAUCCCGGCCCUGCCAGCGGUAUGCUUCCUGCCCGCGGGGCUCUUCCUCUACGCGUGGACGGCGCGGGCCUCGAUCCACUGGCUGGUACCGACGCUGGGCGUGACGGUCUACGCGGGGGCGUCGUUUGUCGUGUUCCAGGCGAUCAUCUGCUACGUGCCGCUGUCGUAUCCGCGGUACGUAGCGUCGCUGUUUGCGGCCAACGACUUUACGCGGUCGAUGGCGGCGGCGGGGUUCGUCAUGUUCUCGCGGGCCAUGUACGUCAAUCUGGGCAUCGACCGGGGGGUGACGGUGCUGGCGGGGCUGUCGAUCAUGGGGAUUCUGGGCAUGUUUUUUCUGUAUGUGUAUGGGCAGAAGCUGCGAGCGCGGAGCAAGUUUGCUGGAUAAAACACUAUACUAUACGGACUGCUGUAUAA